UUCAUUGGCUGUUGCGUAAGAUCUGGGCACAGGAGAGCAGAAUCUUGAGCAGUUGGCUAAACAACAUUUUUGUUAUAUAUUUAGCUUAUGGUGACACCGGGGCAGCGGGUCGUUUUGUUGGAAGGGCUGUCGAUUUUACGUGAUUUUUCCACAUUAGUUUGUCCUAUUUGUCUUAUUGCUGCGAUGAAACACUGGAGUAAAUAAGUGCACUAACAAAAAAAGAAGAAGAAGAAGAAGGCGGCGCUGCUAAGCUAACAGCUAGCUAAUGAAGUGCUUUCUACUUGCUGUUUUCUCAAUGCUGCUUGUCUCCAGACGAGGGAAGCUUUGAGAGCACCAUGUCCUGCUCUGGCAACUUGAUUUGGGAUGUAAGGAAACGCUCCCUCGGUUACAGCGAUCCUAAUGUUUUCCGAGCGAACUAUUUAGGCAGAAGAGAAUUUGUCCAACGUCUGAAGCUUGAAGCUAUACUUAAAGUGCACGAUGGCUGUGUUAACACCAUAUCCUGGAAUGACACCGGAGAAUACAUCUUAUCAGGAUCUGAUGACACUAAUUUGGUCAUCACAAACCCCUACAAUAGAAAGGUCAAAACAACAAUUCGGUCAGGUCACCGGGCCAACAUUUUUAGUGCAAAAUUCAUGCCUCACACAAACGACCAACAGAUUGUGUCCUGCUCAGGAGAUGGCAUCAUAUUCUGCACACACACAGAGAAGAGUCAAGACAUCAACAGACAGUGCCAGAUGACCUGCCAUUAUGGAACUGCCUAUGAGAUAAUGACAGUUCCAAAUGACCCGUACACCUUCCUGUCCUGUGGGGAGGAUGGCACAGUCAGGUGGUUUGACCUGCGCAUGAAGACAAGCUGCACAAAAGAGGACUGUAAAGAUGAUAUUUUGAUUAAUUGUCGGAGAGCUGCUACCUCGAUAGCCAUUUCUCCCCUUGUGCCCUACUACCUUGCUGUGGGAUGCUCAGACAGUUCAGUAAGAAUCUAUGACCGACGAAUGCUUGGUACUAGAGCUACAGGUAACUACAUGGGCAGAGGGACGACAGGUAUGUGUGUGAGAUUUGUUCCUGCCCACUUGUCCAACAAGUCCUGCCGUGUGACAUCCUUAUGCUACAGUGGCGAUGGACAGGAGGUUCUGGUCAGCUACUCCUCCGACUACAUUUACCUGUUUGACCCCAGAGAUGACCAGGCCAGAGAGCUGAAGGGUCCAUCUGAAGAGCGGAGAGAGGAGUUAAAGCAGCCCCCGGUCAAACGACUUCGCCUCAGAGGAGACUGGUCAGACACCGGACCUCGUGCACGGCCUGAGAGUGAAAGAGAAAGAGAUGGAGAGCAGAGCCCCAAUGUGUCUCUGAUGCAGAGGAUGUCAGACAUGUUAUCACGUUGGUUUGAGGAGGCCAGUGAGGCUCAGAGCAGCAGAACUCGUCCACAAACUCGGCCCAGAGGUGUGGCAGCUCGGAUGCUGGGGACGGCUGCAGCUUCAGUGAGCCCCUCUCAGGAGUCUGGGGGGGCUGAAGGUCCCAUGGAGGUGGAGUCUGCUACUUCUGACCAUUCCUCACCACCUGCUCCAACCCCAGCCUCAACCUCAACCUCAACCCCAGCCCCAGCGCCAGCUCCAGCUCCAGCCCCAACAACAGCCACAGCCCCUCCUUCAGCACAGCCCCUCUCCAAAUCCAUCUCCACUUCCUCUUCAGGCUCGUCUUCAACUGUGACGGUCCUACCUCCCUCCACCUCUUCCUCUAUGGACAACACUGCCUCGUCCUCUUCCAUGCUGUCCUCUCCAGACUCAGAAGAGCAGAAGAGCCAGGCCGAGGCGAUGACCACCAGGUCAGCCACACCUACCCCUUCCACAGAGCCUGUUCUGUCUGAAUAUGGUCCCCGCAGGCUCCCGGUAAGUUUAGUGUGUAGGCGUUUGCAGAGGCUGCUGCUUCUGGCUGACCCCCCUGGGCAAGGCCAGCGUUCUGCCUCUCGAACCUCAGACAAUCGAGCCCAGGGUCCUGAUGCACAGACACACCCACCAGCAGAUUCUCCUUCGUCUGCAGUAAACAAACAGCUUGGAUCCAUGACUCUGGAUGAGCAGCCUGGAAGCACUGAAGCAUCAGGGAAUGUUUGCUGUGAUAUGAGCGCAAGUAUCAGCCAAGCUUGUGCUGAAGAUGGCACUGGAACCUGCUCCUCGACUCCUGCUGCUGAAGAGAGCAGUAAAAUCUCCUCUCCUCCUGCUGCUUCAGAUGACAGCGGAGCCUGCUCUUCAGCUCCAACUGCUGAAGAUGGAUCUGGCAGUGGCAGUGGAACUGGAGGAGUGGUAUCUGGCACUGGGCGAGUGGCUACAGCAGUAGGCACACCUGAGCCUGUCCUGAGCCUGCAUUACAGCACAGAGGGCACCACCACCAGCACCAUCAAAUUAGACUUCACAGAUGAAUGGAGUAAUCUAGCGUCUGGCUCCAGAAGUGGUGGUGGUGGUGGUCAAAAGCCUGCUCAAGCGAAGGAGAAUCUGGAGCCUACAGUCGGAAGCCAAGAACAUGCAUUAAUAGUGCCAGAGGAGGGCGAGAGCUCAGCGAGUGGUGUUGAGAGGGCCUCAGGAAGCUCUCAGGGAAGCACGCUGCUGCAAGACGCAGGCAUUUCAGAGAAUCCACCAACAGCAGAAGGAUGCAAGAGGACUGAACCGAGUGGGGAGCGUACUCCGGGUUUAACUCAACCCUCACGCAGUAACCAGGACUCGGAUGACAGUGAUGAUGACCCGAUUCUCAUCCCCUCAGCCAGGUACAGAGGAGCUCAGGGACAAAGGUUUAAUUUCAGAGGCUCUGCAAUAGGUGAUAGGAUGAUCAGACGCUCAGCAGCAGCCCGUAUCCAGGAGCUCUUGCGCAGGAGAAAGGAAAGGCGUGAGAUGGAGGAGAGCGAGACCCAGAACAUCAGACGCCCUGCAGUCAAAAUGAUGUACAAGGGCCAUCGCAACUCCAGGACCAUGAUAAAGGAGUCUUGUUUCUGGGGAAAUAACUUUGUCAUGAGUGGCUCGGACUGCGGCCAUAUUUUUAUAUGGGACAGACAUACAGGAGAGCACCUGAUGCUCCUGGAAGCUGAUAAUCAUGUAGUUAACUGUCUGCAGCCUCACCCUUAUGAUCCUAUUCUUGCCUCAUCUGGAAUUGACUAUGACGUCAAAAUCUGGUCCCCACUUGAGCAGUCACCUUCAUUUAACAGAGACCUUGCUGAAGAGGUGAUCGCUCGUAAUGAACUGAUGCUGGAAGAGACGAGAAACACCAUUACAGUCCCUGCCUCCUUCAUGCUGAGAAUGCUGGCCUCCCUCAAUCACCUCCGAACAGAUCGAUCCGAAGGUUCUGGACAAGAGAACGAAGAUGAGCAGUAGCUGUGCUGAGGUUAAUGCCACAAAACAAUCAGCGUUGUUGCUUUAAAGCAGUUGAAUAUUUGACAUUUGUACAGGAUGUGUAGAAAAUUCCCUUGUUAGAUCCAUUUGUAGUAUUCAUUUUUUUAAAAAGAUGACUAUUCUACUGAUUACUUUACAUGGGAGUAAAUUGUAUCUGUGAGGGAAGAUGAAUAAAUUGCAGUAUAUAAAAGUAUAGAAAUAUAAUAUAUAAAAUGUGAUGGAGUUAGAUGAUGGGUGCUUGAGAAUAUUUAAAUGCAAUAUUUCUGUGUGCAAAUGGUCUAGCUUUGAGCAGUGUUGUGUGAAUUUUUUUUUUAGUUUUGUAGACCUGGAGUUGUGCAUGUCAUACAUAAAAAUCAUGCUUUAAUUUUCUGUUCCUUAAAAAAACAGUUGCUACAAAAUCAACUGUCAAUUUUC